AUGAGGGCGGGCUGGCAGCGCCUCACCAUCGAAAAGGAGGGGGGCGGCCCCAUUCAGAGCGACGACACGGUGUUCCUGAAGGCCAACACCCAGGCCUAUUUGGACGUGGCGGGAAGCGUCGUGAGCGCCAGGUGGACCAACACGCGGGACUCACAGGAAUUCGUGAUACAGGGUGGCGGCGAAGAUGGGGCGAUUCGAUCUGGAGACAGGGUGUAUUUGGUGGCGCACACGGGCAACUGCCUCGAGGCGAAGGACAUGGACGUGUUCGCCAAGUCGCCGGAGCAGGGAGAGGCGCAGGCUUUCGCCAUCGAGCUGUGCGCCCACGCCGCCCCGUCGGACAAGACCUGGGUCCUGCAGGGCGACGACGGCGACGAGCCGAGCGGGGCGAGCUCCACCCAGGACCCCUUCCUGCGGUGGGCGCAGAUGGGAGUGCUCAGCACGCCGGACAAGAGCCUCCGCGCCGGGGCCGUGAGGCGGUUCGAGGUGGGCGGCGCCAUCGGCGGCAGCCCCGCGGGCGGCCGCGGCCCCGCCGCCCUGGGCGCC